AUGAAGUUCUCCCUGUCUGUUCUCAUAUCGCUUGUGGCUGUGUCCAACGCCAUGACGAUCACAAUCACAAGGUCAGUCCCUACGGCCACAUCUGUUCAAACAGAGACGCUUUACUGUUCUCCAACAACGGACGAAAACGGCAACUCUGUGUGCCCUUCCUCUUCCUCAAACGAAGUGGCCACAUCUUCAUCUGAAGCUUCCUCUCCUUCUUCUGCAGUCGUCUCGUCUUCUGCCAUUCCUACUUCUACGGAAGCUGCAACUUCUACCCCCACAACCUCGUCGGUCCAACGAACUUCUUCUGCCGCUACAUUCUCGGCUGCACCAUCAUCUAUUGAGCUGUCAUACAUUUCUUCAGCUGUGGCUUCAUCAUCCGCUCCAUCUUCUGCCCCAUCGGCUUCCCCAUCUUCAUCCCAAACGUCUACUGCAUCAGACGUCUCCUCUUCCAAAGCCCUUGGCACUUUUGAACAGCAAAUUUUAGACGAACACAACAAAAAGAGAGCCUUGCACAACGUCCAGAGCUUGACUUGGAACUGGACCUUGGCUGACUACGCUGCUGACUACGCCGCCAAGGCCUUUGACUGUAACAAUGUCCAACUUAUCCACUCGAGCGGCCCAUACGGAGAAAACUUGGCUGCAGGUUACGUUGGAGGUAUCGAGCCUACUGAUGCUUGGUACGACGAAAUCAAGGACUACGACUACAACAACCCAGGCUUUUCUGAGGCAACUGGUCACUUCACUCAGCUUGUCUGGAAAACAACAGCCCAGUUGGGUUGCGCCAUGGUCAAAUGUGACAACGAGUGGAGACAGUACACCAUUUGUGAGUAUAACCCUAGAGGAAACCUUGUGAGUUCCAACCCUUCGAUCACUAAGGAGAUUUUCACCGACAACGUUCCGCCAUUGGCUUCUUAA